GGGUGAGAGAUUUGCCUGACCACAGACCAGGUGGAACACAGGACACUCUGACAACAACCAUUAACACUGUGGUCCCCAGAACAUUCUUCUCCAUCUUUCCUUCCAUAUGUAGAGUCCAUUGAUUCUCCACAGCUGUGUCCUCAGCUGAUGCCUUCUUCCUUGUCCCCAAUGGAUCCUUGGUUUGGGAGGAAUAAAAGCCAGAAGCUUUGGCUGUGGAGAAGGCAGCAAGGCUGGAGCCACAAGACCAACUUCUUUAAGUAGGAAUGACAAAGCCCAGGGAAACAGUAGAACUUUGGAUCAAGUUCUUUUCGUCCUUGGCAGCCACCAUUGAGAGAACCGUGGGUCACCAGAUCCCUGGUCACAGCACCUGUCCCCAUUCUGUCCCACACUUGUUUUUCCUCCUGUAGCCUGGACACCUGGUGAGCUGUAAAGAAAAAAACCUGUCAGAAUUCCUGAGUGACACCAAGACCCAGCAGCUGCCAUGGGCUCCCCAGGGAUGAGGAGCUCACUUCCUACCUGUUCUGAGCUAAAAUCGACAUGUCUCUGCAAAGCACCAUGACACAGCUCUGGUACAUUGGUAUUCUCAGGAUGUCAUCACAAAGUGACACUGGAGAGGAAACGCUUCAUUAAGUAUGUGGUUGAGCAUCUCCUGGAAACAUGGAGCACAGAAGACCUGCAUCGCCUGCUGACUGAAGAGGAAGCCUGGAAACAGCUUGUGGCAGAAGCAAAUCUAUCCAGGUCACCGCCCUAGAGGAGGCUAGCAAUGCCACCAGGGGAAGAGGAAGUUUCCUUACUUGAAACUCUUGGUGGGAUCAUUGCAGAUCCUGAUGUAGAAGAUGAACAUGAGCUCCAAAACGACCUGCAGGACAAGAAAAUGUUUUUGGAAGUUUAUCCUCAGGUGAAACUGGAGCUUGAGCAGCAGAUCAGGAAGCUGCACGCCCUUGCAGACAAGAUUGACAAGGUGCACAGAGACUGCACCAUCACACAAGUGGUGGCCGGCUCCACCGGUGCUGUGUCCGGAGCCCUGACCAUGCUUGGUCUCACUCUGGCACCCAUGACAGCAGGACUCAGUCUGGGACUUUCAGCCACAUGCUUGGGACUGGGGGCGGCAACAGCUGUGACCAGUGUGUACACAACCAUUGUGAAAAAGGUCAGCACAGCGUCUGUGGAAGCUGAAGCCAGCCAGCUGGUGCCAACCAGCAAGGACACAGGGAAGGUCAUUAAAGAAAUUUUGGAGGAGAGCACCCCCAGGCUUCUUUUUGUAUCCAAGAAUUCCUUCCGGAACCUGGAAGUCAUCAAGAAGAACAUUGAUGCCAUCAUGCUGGCCAAAGCUAACACUCGACUGGCAUCUAAUGCCAAGCGUCUCAUGACCACAGGGAGGGUGUCAGCCCGAAACACUAGACAGGUGCAGAAAGCCUUUGGAGGCACAGCUCUGGCAAUGUCCAAAGGAGCCCGGAUCAUGGGUGCAGCUACCGCAGGUCUCUUCCUGGUGCUGGAUGUGGUCAGCCUUGUGCAAGACUCAAAGCAUUUGUACGAGGGUGCGAAGACAGAGUCUGCUGCAAAGCUGCGGCAGCAGGCUCAGAACCUGGAGCAGAAGUUGCAGGAGCUCAUCCGGGUCCAUGACAGCCUGACAAAGUGACCUCUUCUUCAGUACCGCUUAGAAGACUAGAGUUGGGGGAUGCCCUGGACACAGCCAUGCCCACCUGAUAGCCCCUGUCUGUAUCCCCUCUACAGCAAUGUCACCAUGGUGGAAGUGCCUGCUAGAGGGGGAGGCCACAUUAAGAGAAAGGAAGCCACAACACAGAUGGGACAGGCCUGGGACCGCCCAUAGACUCCACCUCUUAGAUCCAACAACCUCCCAACAUCCCACAUGAGGACCUAGCUCCAAAGAUGCCGGAGUACAUCCAAGGCUUGACUGAGCCACAGCAUGGCUGCUCCUCAGUCAUACCCACAACACUGCUCGUAGUUGAGGCUCACCAUCCUCACUGUCCCCUGAACUGCCAACUUUCCCACUACUUUCUAAAUGUGUGCAUAGAAA